UUCUGAUUCCAAGGAUAUGGUUGGGUCUGGACAAGAGUCAGGUGGGCCCUGGCUUUGGCUUUCAGUCCUGUCUCCAGGGAGGAGGGACUGUGUGUGUGUGCAAGGUGGCAAUUAUGCUAACAUCUGGGUGACCAAAUUGUCAUCCACUUCAAGACAUUUUUUAUAAGAGGAAAGGGCCAAGGUGAGUUCCUAUGCCAGCCCAGAGGACAUAGACAAGAUGGAAGACUAUAAUUCCAAGCCAGCAUUCGGAUUCCAGAAUUCCAGGAAUGCAAACCCGCAUGAGAUUCCCUUUCCCUCCCAUUCCUGGUCCUUGGAGAUGUUGCUACGCAGAUUGAAGGCCAUCGAUGUCAAGAGGGAUGACAAGUUUGCCAGUGUUCUGGAAGCCGUGGGGGAGUUUGGCACAUUCCAAUGGAGGCUGGUGGCCCUCACCUUCAUCCCAAGCAUGCUGUCAUCCUACUUCAUGCUCUCUGAUCACUUCAUGCUCACAGACCAGAAGCCUUACUGUAACACCAGCUGGAUCCUGGCAGUGGGCCCCAAUCUCUCCACUGAUGAACAGCUGAACUUGACCCUACCCCGAGCACCCAAUGGCAGCUUCCUGACAUGCCUCAUGUACAUACCCGUGCCAUGGGAUCUCGAUUCCAUCAUCAAUUCUGGUCUCAAUUAUACAGAAACAUGCAAAUACGGGUGGAUCUAUCCUUACGCUAAGACGCGCUCUCUGAUCAAUGAGUUUGACCUGGUGUGUGGCAAUGAACCCAACAAGGAGAGUAUGCAGACCAUGUUCCUGGUGGGCAUCCUGACGGGGUCCCUCCUCUUCGGGCUCCUAAGCGACAAGAUGGGCCGCUAUCCAGCCAUCCUGGUGUCGCUGCUGGGGCUCCUCAUCUUCGGCUUCGGGGCCGCCUUCGUGAAAAGCUUCGACCAGUACCUGUUCUUCCGCUUAGUGAUGACCCAGGCGGCCGUGGGCUACGCCAUCAGCAGUGUGUCACUGGUGACGGAGUGGCUGGUGGGUCAUCACCGGGCCCAAGCCAUCAUCCUGGAGCUCUGCUUCAUGUCUGUAGGCGUCCUUUUCCUGUCGGGGUCUGCCUACAAAAUCUUCCACUGGAGGCUGCUGUUUCUGCUGGGCGGCGUGCCCAUGCUGCCCCUCAUCUCCAAUAUCUGGGUCCUCCGAGAAUCCCCGCGGUGGCUGAUGGUGAAGGGGAAGGUGGAGGAGGCCAAGAAGGUGCUGAGCUAUGCAGCUGAGGUGAACAAGAAGACCAUCCCUUUAAAUCUACUGAACGAGCUGCAGCUGCAGGGAAAGAAGGUGACUAAAAGCUCCGUCCUGGACUUCUGUACCAAUCAGCGCAUCUUCAAGGUGGUCUUACCUAUGGCCUGUGUGUGGUAUUCCGUCAGUUACAUCUAUUUAACACUGAGUCUCAAGAUGAAGGAUUUUGGGGUAGACAACUAUGUCAGAUACGUGAUCCCAGGCAUUCUGGAGGUGCCGGCCCGGCUGUGUUGCAUUGUUCUCCUGGAGUACUUUGGGAGGAAGUGCAGUCUAUUCCUGAGCCUCACCUUAGCUACCAUCAUAUGUUUGUUCCUCCUUUUCCUCCCUCAAGAGCUGAAGUCGAUAAUCAUCUUGAUGCUUGUGCUCGGAGAGUUUUGCCUGGCCGCCACUGUCUCCGUAUUUUUCAUCUACACGGCUGAGCUCCUUCCUACUGUCCUCAGGUCUACGGGCCUGGGAAUGGUGUCUCUAGCCUGGGCAGCUGGGGCCAACACAGCUCUGGCCGUCUCCAGCAAGAUCAAAACGCAGCUGCCCAUCUUAUUCUGCUGCCUCUCUUGCGUCGUCGCCUUGUGCUUUGCCUCCUUGGUGCCAGAGACAGGAACCGACCCUCUCCGUGACAGCAUAGAGUACAGCUCAAGCAUCCAAAGAGAUUCUAUUGAAUCCAAGAGGAGAAGCCAGGACAUUGCUUCAAUGAUAAUAGCUGAGGAGUCAUUGUCUGACAUUGGAAGUGACGAGGUGGAAAAGGAUACCAUUCUCAAUGCCACUCUCCUAAAAUCAGAAGAUGGCGGGCUCUUGGACACAGCCUUGGAGAAACCCAGCAACAGGGAAGUAUCCAGUCCAGAUCCCUGAGGACCAGCUUCCCCAGAACAUUUUGGAUUGGAGUUUACUGGAUGAGUGUUGGGGGGGGGCAUGGAUUCAAGGCCUCAAAUUCUAGACCCAGCCUUGCAUGUGGACAGAGUCUGUCUUUCUCCAAGGCCAGCCCUAAGGAUCCAAAAGUAGCCCCCUUCUGGAGCUAAGUUGUGAUUCAUUCCAAUAAACUAUCAUGUUGGUCUUGA